AUGUAUUUGACCACCCCUAUGAUCAAACCGUUCCCCAAUCGCCUAUUGAAGAAUAAGCUUGAUCACCAGCUCGGUAUGUUUUUGGAGGUAGUGAAGAAUUUUCAGGUAACUGUCCCUUUUACUGAACUUAUUACUCAAGUUCCUGCAAAUGCUAAAAAUUUGAAGGAAAUUCUAACUAGAAAGAGAGCCUUUGAUGAAGUUGAGAUUAUUGCCUUCGCUGAAGAAUGUAGUGCUCUUUUGCAAAAUCAGUCCACACCUAAAAUGAAAGACCCGGGGAGUUUCUCUAUCCCUUGUAACAUUGGCACCAUUUUUCUUGUUAAAGCUUUAUGUGAUUUGGGUGCUAGUGUUAGUGUCGUGCCCCUUACUGUUUGCAAAAAGCUUGACAUGUGCUAUUUAAAAUGUAUCUUAGAGGACAUUCCAGUGAGACUUAGUGAAUUUUUUAUUCCCGUGGAUUUUGUUGUACUGAACAUGGAAGAUGAUACUCAAAUCCCAAUCAUUUUAGGCAGACCACUCCUUCAUAUUGCUAAAGUUGAUAUAGAUUUUAAGAAUGACAAGUUAAUUUUGACUGUGGGAGAUGAUAAGGUGACUUUUAGUUUGACCAAUGCUUUGAAAAGUCUCAUGCUAGAAGAAGCCUGUGAUGUUAGAUCCUUGAGUGGUGAAGUGGAUGACUUGGAAGUACCUCUUACAGGUGAAGAGCUUGAUAGUAUCACCAGUCAUGAGAGGGCACGGUUAAUACAUGAUACUCAACCCGUAGAGUGCUUCACUAAAUGA